AUGUCUGCAUUAUCGGAAGAAAUUAAUACUACAUUAAUAGAGAUCAUCCAAGGCUUCGCCUCACCAAAUAAUGAAAUACGUUCUGCAGCUGAGACUAGAUUAAACCAGGAUUGGAUUACAGCUGUAAAUAUUGAAGUAUUACUGAUAUUUUUAGCAGAACAGGCCGCAUUCUCUCAAGAUCUCACAACUGCUGCUAUAUCUGCAGUCCUCUUCAGAAAACUAGCUUUAAGAGCACCACCUUCAUCUAAGACAGUUAUCAUUGCGAAGAACAUCACACAUAUUAGUGAAAAUGCAUUGACUCAAAUAAGAGCCACUUUAUUGAAGGGAUUCAUGUCUGAGAGACCAAAGGAUAUAAGGCACAAAUUGUCAGAUGCUAUUGCUGAGUGUGCUCAAGAUGAAUUACCAGAAUGGACAGAAUUAUUACAAGCAUUAGUGGAAUUUCUAAAGAAUACAGACCCAUUCUUUAGAGAGUCGAGUUUUAGAAUUCUUGCAUCAGUUCCACAUUUGAUCAACGCUGUCCCAGUUGAAAACAUUAUUCCAAUUUUUGAAUCUGGUUUCACCGAUGACAAUGAUGAAGUAAAAAUAUCUGCGGUAACUGCAUUUGUUGGUUACUUUAAGAUCUUACCAAAAAAACAUUGGUCUAAGAUUGGUGUUUUAUUACCAAGUUUAUUAAACAGUUUACCAAAGUUUUUAGAUGAUAACAAGGACGAUGCUUUAGCUUCUGUAUUUGAAUCAUUAAUUGAAUUAGCUGAACUGGCUCCAAAAUUAUUCAAAGAUAUGUUCGACCAAAUCAUUCAAUUUUCAGAUAUUGUGAUUAAGAAUACAGAUCUGGAGACACAUGCUAGAACCACUGCUUUAGAGUUACUUACAGUGUUCAGUGAGAAUGCUCCACAUAUGUGUAAGUCAAAUGGUAAUUAUGCUCAAUCUAUAGUCACAAAUACUCUGUUAAUGAUGACCGAAGUCUCUAUCGACGACGACGAGGCUGCUGAAUGGCAUGAAGCAGAUGAUACCGAGGAUGAUGAGGAGGUCACCUAUGAUCAUGCUCGUCAAGCUCUAGAUCGUGUCUCAUUAAAGUUAGGUGGUGAGUUCUUAGCACCAACUCUUUUCCAAUACUUACAACAAAUGGUAGGCUCUUCCCAAUGGAGAGAAAGAUUUGGUGCCAUGAUGGCAUUGUCCUCAGCAGCAGAAGGUUGUCAAGAUGUUUUAAUUGCAGAAAUUCCAAAGGUAUUGGAUAUGAUUAUUCCUUUAAUUUCUGACCCACACCCAAGAGUUCAGUACGGUUGUUGUAAUGCUUUAGGUCAAAUUUCAACUGAUUUCAGUCCGUUGAUCCAAAGAACUGCUCAUGACAGGAUUCUACCCGCUUUAAUAUCUAGAUUGACUUCUUCCUCUAUUGAUAGAGUCCAAACUCAUGCAGCAGCAGCAUUGGUCAAUUUCUCUGAACAAGCUGACCAAAGUAUUUUAGAACCUUAUCUGGAUAGUCUGUUAAAUAACUUAUUGAUUUUAUUGCAAAGUAACAAAUUAUAUGUCCAAGAACAGGCUCUAACUACUAUUGCAUUUAUUGCAGAGGCUGCUAAGACUAAAUUUAUCAAAUACUAUGACACAUUAAUGCCUUUGCUAUUGAAUGUUCUAAAGACAGAUAACAGCGAUGAUAACGGUGUGUUGAAGGGUAAAUGUAUUGAGUGUGCUACUUUGAUUGCUGCAGCUGUCGGUAAGCAAAAAUUCUCUGAACACUCUCAAGAAUUAAUUAACCUAUUAUUAACCCAUCAAAAUAGUUUAAUAGAUGAAGACGAUUCCAUUAGAUCAUAUUUAGAACAUGGUUGGGGUAGAAUUUGCCGUAUCUUAGGCGACGAUUUUGUUCCAUUACUACCUAUUGUCCUACCACCUUUAUUAGAAACAGCUAAGGCCACUCAAGAUGUCAGUCUGAUUGAAGAAGAGGAGGCAGCUGACUUCCAAAAAUACUCUGAUUGGGAUGUGGUUCAAAUCCAAGGUAAGCAUAUUGCUAUCCAUACAUCAAUCUUAGACGAUAAAGUUUCAGCAAUGGAACUACUGCAAUUAUAUGCUAGUAUUUUGAAGACCAAAUUUGCAAAUUAUGUUAAAGAUGUUUUAACUGAAAUUGCAAUUCCAUCUAUUGAUUUUUACUUACAUGAUGGUGUUCGUGCUACGGGUGCAACUUUGAUUCCUGUGUUAUUAUCAUCUAUCGUCGGCGCUGUAGGGUUACAAAAUGAGGAUGUUAUGCAGUUAUGGAAUGUCGCAUCCGCUAAAUUAAUUGGUGGUAUUUCUACAGAACCUAUGUUAGAAAUUACUCAAGCAUACCACAGUGCAUUGGUUGAUAGUAUUGCCAUUAUGCAGUACACUAAAUUAGCACCUGAACUUCCAGGCCAAUAUGCGAAAGGUGUUCAAAACAAUCUUUCCGAUAUAUACGAAAGAGUUAAACAACGUCACAGUGAAGCUGACGAGUAUAACGAAGAGGUUGAUGAUGAAUUUGAUGUAUUUUCUGACGAAGAUUUGUUGGAUGAAAUUAACAAGUCAUUAGCAGCCGUAAUGAAAUCUUCAAGUGAAGAAUUCUUACCACAACUUCAAUCGCUGUGGCCAUUAAUCCAUACUUAUUUGAUUGAGACAGAAGUUAUACUGGUACUAUUUGCUUUGGUUGCCCUUGGUGACAUAAUUCAAUAUUAUGGUGAAUUGACAGCUUCAUUUAAAGAUUCUUUUAUCUCCACAGUUCUUACAUAUUUAGUUUCCCCUGAUCCACAAAUUCGUCAAGGUGCCGCAUAUGUUAUCGGAGCUUGUAGCCAAUAUGCCCCAAAUACAUAUGGUGAUGUAUGCAUAUCUGCAUUAAAUACAUUAAUUCAAGUAAUUCAAAUUCCUGAUGCUAAAACUGAAGAAAACCAAACUGCCACAGAGAACAGCAGUUCUUCCAUUGCAAAAUUAUUAUAUGCAUUCAACUCAAAUAUCCCUAACGUGGAUACAUAUAUAUCUAGUUGGUUCAAAUCGUUACCUACAACCGUGGAUGAUGAAGCUGCAGCUUUUAACUAUAUAUACUUGGGUCAUCUAAUAAAUUCCAAGAACCCUGUAAUUUGCGAGCAUUCUAACAUCCCAAAUAUUGUUGAAGUUGUGAUCCAAGCACUACAUCAUAAGUCAAUCACUGGUAAGAAUGCAGAGACAAUUACCACUUCUGUGAAACAAUUAUUAGGUACACUACCACCAAAUGAGGCCAUGGGAAUGUUAGAACGGUAUCCUGCUGAAUACAUGCCUACAAUUCAAGCCUGGUUUUCUUAA